AUGGCUCCAGUACCUGUAUCGGUAUUGCGAAAAUGCUCACUGUCCGACGUGCAGCGCGCCGAUGGGCAUGGGCCCGCGCCCGCUGAGUACAGCAAUCGAGAUUAUGUGCGCGAGGUGUUACAGCUACAGCGACAACUCGGGAAUGACCAGGCGGAAGCUCUCGUCGACGAAACCCUCGUACAAGAGGCAGAGACCUGGGGGAUCGCUAUCACCACCACUGUCCCGGGACCGGCCACGUCAAAGGGCGGGCAAGACCAAAAUGCUGCCGACAACUCAAAUCCCCCCUCGAAAUCGACAGUGGCAUUACAUCACACGAGAUGCCCCUCAUCCGGCUCGCACGAAACCAAUUCGACGGUCGGCACAUCGAGAUCCUCCCGCGAACAAGCAGACAACCCAGCUCGGCCGCAGUUCCGGAGGAGAUCUUCGUCAAAGAAGACGCUCUCAUUUUCCGAUUAUGAGAAGUACUUAGCAGAAGUUCGGGCCCAAGAUAAUACGCAGGUGGAAUAUGUUGCUCCUCCAGCACCAAAGGACCCGGCGCCCACUCUAUUCUCGUUGUCGACAAGGAAAUCUCAUGCGGGUAUCAAGAAGCGGCUCAAGAGAAGCUUCAGCGUUCGAAGGCGCAGCUCGACCCAAGAUGAUAUUAAUUUCUGUAUCUGCUGCCGAGACGAGUUUGGAAAGAACAGCAAAGAACUGCAUACUCUCCCAUGCGGUCACAGCUACUGCGAUACCUGCCUACGAGUUAUAACGACCCAAGCCGUGACAGACGAGUCUAAAAUGCCUCCCCGAUGCUGCUCACAGCCGGUGCCUAGUACCAUAAUCAAGACGGUCUUGACUAAGGGCGAGCAGUACUCCUUCAUGAAGAGCGUUCUACAAUUCAGCACACCAUGGGAAGCACGAAUCUUCUGCCCAAAUACUGCCUGCGGGGAGUUCGUCCCAGGACGGAGCAGAGUAGAUCCCAAACACCCAUUCGAAGUAAUGUGUCGGAAAUGCAGAACCAAGGCAUGCUCGACAUGCAAAAGGGCAGCCCAUGCCUUCGGUCAAGAUUGCCCAGCGGACUGGGAACUCGAUGCUGUUCUACAAAUGGGAGAGAAAUCUGGGUGGCGGCGUUGCUACAAAUGCAGGACUCUGGUAGAGCUGACUCAAGGAUGCAGCCAUAUCACAUGCCGAUGCAAAGCCCAAUUUUGCUAUAUAUGCGGAGCCGUGUGGAAUCCUGUCGUCGGCUGCCCAAACUACUGUAGCGGGGAGGAAGAACUCGAACGCCGGCGGCUCGAGGAAGAAGCACGAAUGGCUGAACUUGCCAAGGAGAAGGCUGAAAUGGAGGAAGCUGAACGAAUUGAAGCUGCUGAGAAAGUAGCUGCCGAGGAGCGAACGCGACGAAGUAGCGAGCUGAAUGCUCUUCGAGCCCAACAGAUCAAUGAGCAUGACCGUUUUAUCGCUUUUGAGAGGAAGAUGAAGUGGAUGAUGUGGACCCGUCACGGACAGCUAAAACUUGAUAUCCUCGAUCGUUACGGUGAGAUGUUAUCAAAAAUGAAAGAGCGACACAUCAGGACGGCUACCCACCUUGAGGAUCGUCAAGUGGGGGCGGAAUUGGAACUCAGGGCCAGCCAUAAACAGGCCGAGCGAAGCGUACAAAUCCGUCUCCGGCAUAUGGAAGCUUACUGUGAUGGACUCGGUCGGAACGCCAGUGGUUCCAAUCCUGCCAGGGUAGUCACGGAGCGCGAUCUAAGGGAGCUCGGUCAGCAAUACAGUGUGCGGGACGAUCUCGAACGUCUGCAUCAAAGCAAAAUUAACGUAAUGCGGGACAAGCAAUCGAAGCAAAUGGAAGAGCUCCUAGCACGCCAGGAAGAUGAGUUGGAUAAACUGGCUACAAAGCAGGCUGAAGAAUUGGAGGGAUUGGAAGAAAGGUUCGUGAAUGAAGAAGACGGCCUGGCGGAUCUUUUCCAACAGAGGAGGGCAAGAUUAAGGUGGAGGUGGGGUAUUACUGAAGAGAUACUGCGGAAACAACUAGAAGCGCGCGAGAAAGUGAAAUUCGCGAUGAUGAAGCCCGUGGAAUGGCCUGAACUGGAAUCCAACCAGGAUGAUGGGCUGGAGGCCGUUUCUGAAUAG